AACUUGAGCAACACAGGGUGCUUGGUCCCAUUGAAGAAAGUGUUGUUUUGCAUUUUCUAGGCCAGUUUGAGAGCAGGAAAUAAAGAGACCAAUUUGAGUUUGUUGAGUAAUGUUGUCCAUAUUUUUGAAGUGUCUUACCACUUUACCACACUUAACAACAUCCAACGCCAGAGAAUGGUUCGGUCUUUGACGACAAAACAGUCAAGUUAGAAAUAGCUGGACAACAAUAGCUGGACAGCAAUAGUUGUGAUUAGAAAUGUAUAGAACCGAUUUCUUGCUGGAUCUAUUAGAUCUAUUUUAGGGAGUCCAGGAUUAGGACUUGCAGCUGGGUCUACGGUUUAUAUCUGGAGUUGGCGUAGUCUCCUUUGCUCUUUUCCCUAUCACUAAAAGAGCUUCUUUCUGCCAAACCAGCUACUACACUCUCACCACCAACGCAACACUAUCAAAAGCAUUUCAAAGAUGAAUAGAAGAAGCACAUACAAUGGAGUUCCUCCACUGCAUGAUAUUUCCAACUCUGGAUAUCAACCCCAAUACCAAUACCAAUCACAACAACAACCUAUUUACUACCAAAACCAAUCAAAACCACAUAAUCAAUAUUUUCACUCUGCACCAGGGACCUCAGCUCAAACCUAUCAAGAACAACAAGCCUAUCAAAGCCAUCCCAAUAUCUAUGGUUUUCGAUCUGUUUCCCAAAGACCCUAUAGUCAACCAGCCCCUUCUGGUUCUACUUUUGUUCCUCAACUGUUUGAGAACUCUCGAGGUUUUCCUUUGUGGACACAGGAUGUGGUAACAGAAAUACCUGGGUUGAUGAAUUUGCCUCAACAACGAACUGGAGAAGUCGAAGAGAUCCAGUAUAAAUGCCAGGAGUUGUUUCGUCGAAUUGAUACUGACAAUUCAGGCGAAAUCUCUCAAAGAGAAUUGAGUGAAGCCAUUAAAAAUCCUGAUGGAACCAAAUUUGACAACUCAACAAUUCGAUUGAUGGUCAAAUUAUUUGAUAGGAAUAAAAACAAUACGUUGGAUUUCAGAGAAUUUUUUUUCUUGUAUAGAUAUUUUAAUUUCUGGGUUGAUUCGUUUAAAAGUAUGGAUACUGAUAAAUCUCUCACAAUUGAUUACGAAGAGUUUUUAAAUACUUUACAAAUUUUUCAAUAUAAUUUAUCUCCAAAUCUUUCAAAGUUUAUCUUUAAUAAGUUUUCAAGAGCUAACAUUCAAGAAAACUAUGGUCUUGAUUAUAUGAUUUCAUCAAAAACUCCAAAUGCUAUGAAAUUAGGUAAUUAUAUUGAAUGUUUAAUUUGGUUGACUAAAUUCACUGCUUUUUUUCAAAAAUUCGAUACAAAUAAUUCUGGAGUUGCCACGGUUAAUUUUGAAGAUUUCAUCAUUGAACAAAUAAACAUGUUAAUUUAAUUUAUUAUUACCCUUUAAUUUAUUAAUCUAUUUUUUUAGUUUUUUUUUCUUUCCUUUUUAGUUAUUUUUUUUC